AUGAGUACGGCUAUCGCAAUGGCCCCUUCACCGGUACCCCACGAUAGAUCAUCGUAUGUUGAUAUCGCUCCUUCGAAACCCUCGAAUUCUCCUCCGGCGCAAAGAAUGCCUUCUACGUCGGCCACGCCGAGCGUAACAAUGGCGGCACAGCGUACAGGGAGCGGAAGUCCCAAAUCAACUCCAGCAAAACCUUCACCUACUGCAUCUCGAAACGGUGCACCACCUAAGAUUAUCGUUAAGAAGGAACCAUCCUCACCUGAAAUAACUGCCACUUCGCGUCAUAGACCUCGAAAGCUUGAUCUCACCAAAAACACGUCGAGCGUCAAUCCAGGUACUGGAAGACCCUCGGCCAGUCAAUUGACAGGUAGGGGUGCGGAGAGUGGUGGAUUGGGUAUUCAGGACGUCGGAUUGGCAUGUCUCUCGCCAGGGUUUGUCACACAAGAUCCGACGAUGCGAGAACAAUUGCAGCGAAGUUUAUCUGUCCGUGAACAACAGAGGCAUAUUAUCGAAUCGCGGUUACAACAAACGGCUAAGCCUGGCGAUGCGCCAAUGGAAAGUGCUAAAGAAAGAGAGUUGAGUGGAUUACCAGCAAAAACCCCCGGUACAUCUAGAAGAAAGGCGCCGCCAGGACUCAGCAUUGUCGCACCAUCCCACGAGCAAUUUGCGAAUGAGAGAGUGAUUCAAUCUGCUCCAAUGCAUCAUAGCUUUCCUGGCAGGCAUCAACCACAACCUCUAACCCGUCACGUCGCGAAUCAGCCGUCAAAUCUCUCUAAUACAUCUCACAUCCAUCACGUACCUGCUACUCAAACCACUAACAGACUACCACCAAUCUCGGAUGUCUUCGCAGCUGAAAAUCUAGGUGCACAUCGUGAAUCGCCAAGAGGAAACGUGUACCAAAGCAACUCGAAUUCUAAUUCAUCGCAUUCCAACUCUAGGCCAGGUUUCCCAUCCCCAGGACAUACUUCACAACCACCGGCGUCUGCGGGCCAUCAGCGCCCUCGCGAAUACCGUUCUGCUGAGGAAGCACAGGCUGAUCUGGCUGGUGGUCGUGCUGAACUUCUACCUAAGCUCGUACAUUACGGAGGUCACCAACCCCCGACUCCUCCAUCGCCUACAAAUGUCAACGCUAGACCUUCAGAAGCUGGUCGAAGCAGUGGUAGAAGAAGACCUAGAGCAGAGUAUGAAGAGGGAGCCAGUCCACCACUUGGACAAGGUCCCCCAACAUCAAGACGAACUGGACCAUUCGGAGAGGGACGAGAUAGUCCAAUGACUUCACAACAGAAGAAGGAAGAGUUCAUGCGCCUGUGUAAUCGGGCUUGGGAUCUUUUCCAUUCCUAG